UCCAUCAAACUUGGGUCGUUUUUAGUUGACUGUGUUAGAACGACCAGUAGUAGUUUUCGGCGUAGAUAAAGGCACCGCAGAGGUACCCUCCAGGGAGAAGACCUCCAACAAAGGUAGGAUGGUCGUGGUCGACGGCAACCCAGUGAACGUCUUGAACUCCCAUUUCACUCAGCAGUUGCGUCAACGGCUUCCACAAGAGCUGGCACUGACGCUCUUCGCAGCAGUCUUCGUCUUCACAAAUCUCACAUCCCCACGUACCAUCGUCGUGUUGGUAGAUGCGAUCCCAAUGCUCAUCCGCGACGUCAUCGAUGCCAACCCCAAUACAAUCCUUCAGGGGCAUCGAGUUCACAGCGUCGUCGUCGUCGUUCGCUUCUACGUUUGGACGCAGCAAUUCUUGGAGCUCAUACGCCGUCCACUUGGUUUCGUUGUUGAAUCGGUCGGAAUGCACAAGAAGAGGAAAGAUCCGCCACCCCCAGAACUCGUCGAGGGCCUCGCCAAUCGCACAAAGGCUCUCAAUUCGCGCCAGUUUCUCUAACGCAUCUUCCAGCAAUUGCCAGUCGCGGACGCUGGAUUCGGCAGCACGCUUCAACGUGUCGUCGUCCACAAGCUGCGCCGUCACCGCGUCGUACUUGAGUUGGAAGCUGUCGCCGUUGUAGAUGAAGCCGCUCUGGGUCAGGCGGCCAGCAAAGCCGUCGCGAAACGGACAAGAGCGGCCGGAUGGGACGGUCAACUCACUUUGAGGAUCCCUCGGUGGGCCAAAAUACGAUGCAGGAGCCCUCUUCAAGGCAGCAGGAAACCGAGAUAGGCAGUGGGCUUUGGCUUGGUCGUUCAUGUUGGAGGGUCGCUCGAACGUGAAUGCG